GAGGGACUGGUCCUGGAGUCCGAGUACACUUUUAAGUUUGAAAACCAGAACUUGAAAUGCGCCUCCACUCCACUUCAGCCUAGGGCACAAUUUUCGUCUCCAAUGGUUGCCAUUUCUGACGCAGCGGCGAUAGCCUUCUCGCCUGCAAAUACCCUUCUUAAAACCUCAAGUAAACUUCACUGUUCUAUCUCGCCGCCACAAUUUUGCGUCAGGGUCCAGCGCUUCCCAGUGUUUCUAUCUUUCAACUCAUUCUCUCGUUUCUUGCAACAGGGUGCUUCACCAGCAUCAUCUCCUUUCAGAUUUUCCACUGCCACAUCAACGAUUUCAAAUGGGGUUUCUGAUUCAGUGGAAACUGAAGAUCUCCUCUUCUUGUCUGAGACCGAACGACACAGUCCCAUCAGGUACAUAUUCUGGGUUUUGGUGUGCACUUCUGUUUCCCUCGCUUUGUUCGCUGCAAGUGGGCCUGCUCGUGCUGCUGCCGCUGAUUCUAUUAGGGCCUCAAGCUCUGGAUUGAGGAUAGCGAGCGCGCUUCGGAACACGGGGUGGCCCGACCAGGCCAUAGUCUUCGCCCUCGCGACUCUUCCCGUACUUGAGCUUCGCGGAGCUAUCCCGGUUGGUUAUUGGAUGCAGCUCAAGCCCAUUAGCCUAACCCUCUUAUCUGUUAUUGGGAACAUGGUCCCUGUUCCUUUUAUUGUACUCUACUUGAAGAGGUUUGCAUCUUUCCUCGCUCGGAAGAGCCCGUCGGCUUCACGGUUCCUUGACCUGCUGUUCGAGAGGGCCAGAGAGAAAGCCGGCCCUGUAGAAGAAUUCCAAUGGAUCGGUCUGAUGUUGUUUGUAGCAGUGCCAUUCCCUGGAACUGGUGCGUGGACUGGAGCCAUUAUAGCUUCGAUACUAGAUAUGCCCUUCUGGUCUGCCGUCUCUGCAAAUUUCUGCGGGGUUGUCUUGGCUGGGCUUUUGGUAAACUUACUUGUAAACCUUGGUCUUAAGUAUGCUUUAGCUAGUGGCAUUGUUCUCUUUUUUAUUUCUACAUUCAUGUGGAGUUUCUUGAGAAGUGUUAAGAAGUCUCUGGGUUCAUCAAACUGAUUUGGUGCUUCUAAAUUCUAAUUGAUGUAUGACUCAAAUAUUUUCUAGAGCAUCAAAGUGAUAUUAUCUUUAGAUUUAC